AUGUCGAUAGGAGCUGUUGUGAAACAGGCUGCAGCCAACUCUGUAAAACCUGCUGCUGGUGCGUCUCGAUUACGUUUGAGAAAAUCAGCUUUGACUUUGACACCGGCUGCUGUGAGCAGAUUGAAGCAUUUAACCAAAGGUCCUACGCCUCAAUAUUUGCGAGUGGGUGUGAAACAGAAAGGUUGCUCCGGCAAUUCUUACAUGCUUGAAUUUACGGAUACCAAAGGGAAAUUCGACGAGAUCGUGAAUCAAGAUGGUGUUACUGUAUUGGUGGAUUCCAAGGCAUUAAUUACGGUUCUCGGAUCAGAAAUGGAUUACGUUGAAGACAAGCUGUCGUCCCACUUCGUAUUCCAUAACCCCAAUGCCAAGGGUGUUUGCGGAUGCGGAGAGUCAUUUGCCGUCUAA